CGGCUGCACAAAGCGCCGCUCAGAGCUUAUGGCGGCCGGCGAAACGGCGGAGCGCAAGCCGUCGGCGUGUUGCAUAUCACACGCGUUCUACAAAGCCGCUUCUAAAUUCCCCCAUAAAAUUGCCGUUAUACACGCCUCCGGUUUCGCUCGAAUUACCCGUGAUAACACCGCCGCCAACGCACCGCCGCAUGACGAUGCUAUCGAAUUAGCCUCCGUGGAAAGAGCAUCUUCUUCCCGACCACCAGUCUACGACGGCGACGAGUGCUUCACUUUCUCCGAUAUUAUCUCCGCCGUCGAUAACCUCAGUUCUCGACUCAGGCACAUUCUCAACGGCGCCGACGAUCCAUAUCUUAUCAAAACCCAGCCAGGUAGAAAUUGGGGGAAAAAUUUAGCACAUUUGGCCGAUUGAAUUGGAUUUUCAUGAUAUUAUAUUAUUUGCCGAAAUAAAAUAAAAACACUAAUUAAUUAAUUAUAUUAACUGAAAUUAUAUUAAUUGAAAUGAUGUUUUUCAUGAUUGGUCAAAGUAUAUAUAGUUAGAAUGAUUUCUUGUCUUUGCAUUUUCUCGUUUCCUGGAAGUU